UCCGCCCGGCGCCGGGGCAGCUCCCACCGGAGGCGCUGGGGACAUGGAGCGGACCUGAGCCGGGAGCGGCGGCGACGGAGCCCGCACCGGCACCGGCACCGGCAGCGGCGGGGACCGGGGCUCAGCGCUGCAGCGCGGCGGAGCCGAGAGGAAAAGGGUCAGAUGUCUUCGCCCCUCCGUCAUGCGAUAGGAAAGUAUUGUUUACGAAGCAGCCGAGUCAAACGUGCCCUCCGCUCUGCCUGGAAACGCUGAGAUGUCCAUGAGGAGCCCUGUUUCUCCCCACCUGGAGCUCAAUGGAGCGGGCAGCAUGGUGAACUGCAGCAUCAAGACAGAGGAGAAGAAGGAGGGCAGCUACGAGUCCCCGCCGGGGGCUGCCCCCAGCACCGAACCCCGUCCCAAUGACCCUCCGGGGCCACCGCCGAGGGAGGGCACCGACCCCCAGGCCCUGCCACAGGAAUCCCGCUCGCCCGCCGGCGAUGCGCUGGAGCCCAGGCGCUCUGCCUUCGAGCCGGCCGUCAGUGGCCAGGAGAAGCUGGACUUCAACAAGAACUUGAAGGAGGUGAUGCCGACCAUCGAGAAGUUACUGUCCAGUGACUGGAAGGAGCGGCUGCUGGGCCGAAACACUGCCGAGUCCAAGGAAGUGAAAGGAACCCAGGAGAGCCUGGCAGAGAAGGAGCUCCAGUUACUUGUCAUGAUCAACCAGCUGUCCACGCUGCGGGACCAGCUCCUGACAGCCCACUCGGAGCAGAAGAACAUGGCCGCGAUGCUCUUCGAGAAGCAGCAGCAGCAGAUGGAGCUGGCACGGCAGCAGCAAGAGCAGAUUGCCAAGCAGCAGCAGCAGCUCAUCCAGCAGCAGCACAAAAUCAACCUGCUGCAGCAACAGAUCCAGCAGGUCAACAUGCCUUAUGUCAUGAUUCCCGCCUUCACCCCCAGCCACCAACCUCUCCCUGUCGCUCCUGACUCCCAGUUAGCGCUGCCCAUCCAGCCCAUCCCCUGCAAACCAGUGGAAUACCCAGUGCAGCUGCUGCACAGCCCCCCUCCUCCCACGCUGAAGAGACCCGCCGGCUCGGGCCACCUCCAGAUGCAGGAGACCUCACAGCCGCUGAACCUGACGGCGAAACCCAAAGGUUCCGACCUCCCCAGUGCCUCCAGCUCGCCCAGUUUGAAGUUAAGCAGCUGCCAGUCCCUCACGCCGAGUCACGGGGCCACCAGGGACCUGCAGACCAGCCCGUCCAACCUGCCUCUGGGGUUUCUGGGCGAAGGCGACGCCAUCACCAAAGCCAUCCAGGACGCGCGGCAGCUGCUGCACGGCCACAGCGGAGCCAUGGAGGGAUCGCUGAGCCACCCCUACCGCAAGGACCACGUCGGGAUUGAUUCUUCCCCAGUGAAGGAGCGGAUGGAGGAGACCCCUGCCCACCGGCUGGACGAGGCUCUGUUGACCUGUGAGAUGGAUGGCUCACGGCACUUCCCCGAGUCCAGGAACAACAACCACAUCAAGCGGCCCAUGAACGCCUUCAUGGUGUGGGCGAAGGAUGAGAGGAGGAAGAUUUUGCAAGCCUUCCCAGACAUGCACAACUCCAGCAUCAGCAAGAUCCUGGGCUCCCGGUGGAAGUCCAUGACGAACCAGGAGAAGCAGCCCUACUACGAGGAGCAAGCCCGGCUGAGCCGGCAGCACCUGGAGAAAUACCCCGACUAUAAGUACAAGCCCCGACCCAAACGUACCUGCAUCGUGGAGGGGAAGCGGCUGCGCGUCGGCGAGUACAAGGCGCUGAUGAGGAACCGGCGGCAGGACGCCAGGCAGGGCUACUUGAUAGGGCCCCAGGGCAGCCAGGUGCCCCCCGCCUCCUCGGACGUGCUGUACCAGCAGCCGGUGGGCAUGCAGCUGACGUCCCCCGUGAUGGAGCACUACCUGCCCUGCAGCGUGGACCCCAGCAUGCCUGUCAUCGUCAACACGCGCAGCCUCAAGGACAGCGACGGCGGAGACGACGGGCACUCGGUGGCCGACGGGGAGAUGUACCGCUACAGCGAGGAGGAGGACUCGGAGGGCGAGGAGAAAAGUGACGGCGAGCUGGUGGUGCUGACGGACUGAGGGCGAGGGA